AUGACACCGGAGAAGGACAGUUUCUCGGAGCAUGAGACAGUAGAGAAGUCGGCAGCGUCGGCGUUUCUUCAACGCGAGUUUGGUUAUGAACAUCGAUUCGUUCGAACAAUUAACAAGCACAAACCGACGUUUGCGAUUGAAGAGAUGUGCAUCAAUACUGGCUUUCAAAAUCUCCGUCGUCCAUACACCGACAUCGAAACUAUGACGAAGAAGUAG